AUGUCUAACACUCUGAACUCGACAACCGAGCCAGUUUGUCCCAUUGACCAUAGUUCUCAGUCUUUUCCUGAUAAAUCUUCAUAUACCUCUACAAAUUCAAAUAAUCACAAGUUUCCACAACAACCACAACAGCCUUCCGCAUGUCCCGUUGACCAUGGUUCUCUUCACACUAACCCUUUUCUCAAUAAAUCUAUCGACACUCAGUCGACGACAACUUCCACCUCGACAAAAAACGUAGGCUGUACAAGCGACACUAUAAUAAAUCCAUCAAACCUAAUGCUCAUAAACGAAGAACAAACUCCUAUGCCAGGUCAACGCGUAAUAUUAGACACUACUCGUGAAAUAUCCAAUAUUCCACGCUCUGCCAAUGACAAACCUGUCGCGAACACAAAACCCGAAAAUGCACCAGAGGAAAAAUUAUGGGUUUACCCUUCAGAACAAAUGUUUUUCAAUGCCAUGAAGCGAAAAAAUUGGCAACCGCGUGAAGAAGAUAUGCGUGUAGUAGUGCCGAUACAUAAUGCGGUUAAUGAAAAAGCGUGGCAGGAGAUUUUAGAGUGGGAGAAAAUGCAUACCGAAAAAAAUAAAUGCGGUGGUCCAAAGUUAGUCAAAUUCGAGGGACGCGCGACGGCUAUUACUCCUAAAGCAAAAAUCUUUAGUUGGUUUGGAUACAAGCUUCCAUUCGAUCGCCAUGAUUGGGUGAUAGAUCGAUGUGGUAAACAAGUUACCUAUGUUAUAGAUUUUUAUUCGGGACAACCGGAUCUUAAGCAUCCUGAAAAUAUUAGUUUUUAUUUGGAUGUCCGUCCCGCGCUAACUUUAGAAGGAGCAUUUGAUCGAUUGUAUAGAUGGGCAAAUUCAUUAAAGUAUAAAUUAACACAAUCAUGA